UGGGGAGAGAGAGGAAAUGCCUCGCCUCGUAGAAAAAACACUUCUCACUCACUCCGCCACCGCCGCCGCCAUCACCAGAUCUGCCACCGCGCGAGUUCUGCUCACUGCCAUCACCACCCUUCUCAUCCUCUACCUCACUAUUUCUCCCCCCUCCAAAUCCACCUGCCACUCUCUCUUCCUCUCCUUCUCCGACAACGCCACCGCCGCCCGCCACCUCCUCGCCCUUACCCGCCGUCCCCACGUCGCCGGGACCGCGGCAAACGCUGCUGCCGCCGCCUACGUCCUCGCCGUUCUCUCCUCCUCCUCCCUUCCCGCCUACUCUGUGUCAUACGACGUCUUUCUCAACUACCCCAUCCGCCGCUCCCUCAUCCUCUCCCCCUUCCCUCCGCCUUUGCCGGGCCCCAUCCUCGCCUUCGACCUCGUCCAGGAGAUCUACCCCGGCGACCCCUAUGCCGACGUGGCGGCGGAGGUGCUCCCCACCUUCCACGCCUACGCCAGCUCUGGCGCCACCGCCGGCCCGGCUGCCUACGCCAACUACGGCCGCCUGGAGGACUUUGCCGCCCUGAGGGUCGCGGGUGUGAACGUCACCGGGGCGGUGGUCCUAGCUAGGUACGGUGAGAUAUUUCGCGGGGACAUUCUAAAGAACGCGAAGGACGCCGGGGCGGCAGCGGCGGUGGUGUUCACGGACGCCAAGGACUACGGCGGUGGCGGGCGGGGGCGAUUCCCAGAGGGACCGGGGAUGCCGGCCAGCGGUGUGCAGGUGGGGACGACGUACCGGGCGGUUGGCGACCCGACGACGCCCGGGUGGGCGAGCACCAGCGGGUGUGAGCGGUGGAGCGCGGCCGAGAUGGCGGCGAGCGGGCUGGGGCCGGGGAUCCCAUCGCUGCCGGUAUCAGCCCGGGACGGGGAGGCGAUCCUGAGGACCAUCGGGGGACAGGUGGCGGCCGAUGAUUGGCAGGGCGGUGAGGGGGCGCCCCUGUACCGGCUCGGGCCCGGUCCGGGGUUCCUCAACCUCACGUUCAUUGGAAAUGAAACACUGGCAACAAUCCAGAAUGUCUUUGCUGUGAUCGAAGGGGAAGAAGAACCGGACAGGUAUGUUCUCCUAGGUAAUCAUCGUGAUGCAUGGACUUUUGGAGCAGUUGACCCUAGCAGCGGAACUGCAGCUUUGCUUGAGGUAGCUCAGAGGUUUGGGAAACUGCAAAAGAAAGGAUGGAGACCUCGACGAACCAUUAUUAUAUGCAACUGGGAUGCAGAAGAAUAUGGCUUGAUAGGUUCAACAGAAUGGGUUGAAGAGAACAGGGAGAUGUUAGCUUCAAGAGCUGUUGCUUAUCUGAAUGUUGAUUGUGCAGUCUCUGGUCCUGGAUUCCAAGCCUUUGCAACUCCGCAACUUGAUGAGCUGCUCAAACAAGCGAGUAAAAAGGUUCAAGAUCCGGACAAUUCCUCUCAGACAUUAUACGAAUCAUGGAUUGCAUCUAAUUAUUCUUCGCUGAUUGGGAGAUUAGGUGGUAGAGGAUCAGAUUAUGCAGCUUUUCUCCAACACGUCGGAGUUCCAUCAGUUGAUAUGAUUUUUGGAGGAGGAUACCCAGUUUAUCAUUCUAUGUAUGAUGACUUUGUAUGGAUGGAGAAAUUUGGAGAUCCAAUGUUCCAUAGGCAUGUAGCAGUGGCAAGCAUCUGGGGACUGGUUGCUUUGAGGCUUGCAGAUGAGGAGUUCUUGCCAUUCGAUUACAUCUCCUAUGCUUCAGAGCUCCAGAGAAGCACAAAGAUAGUAGAAGAUGAUGCAUUGGGGAUGCCUGUAACUUUUGCUCCCUUAUACAAGUCUAUAGAAGAGCUCAAGAAGGCAGCCACCAAAAUAGACAACCAGAUAAAGGCACUAGAAAGGAAUUUUUUGUCAUUGAAUUGGAGGAAGGAUCCCCUGAAAGUCAGAGAGCUCAAUGAUAGGCUGAUGAUGGCUGAGCGGGCAUUUACUGAUAGAGAUGGACUUUUUGGAAGAGAAUGGUACAAGCACCUGAUUUAUGGACCUUCGAUGCAUGAUGAUUAUGGAUCUAAAUCAUAUCCAGGCAUUGACGAUGCCAUUGAGAAGGCAAAGAGCUUGGACACUUCGGAGUCAUGGAGUUUUGUACAACAUGAAGUGUGGAGGGCUGCCAGGGUUGUGACCCAAGCAGCUUUAGUUUUGAACGGGAAAUUCACAUGAAUGUUCACAAAUCCGUCUAAAUGGUACUCAAAGCUUUUGUACAGAUUAAUCAGCUGAACAGUCAUGUGAAUUACUAGGACAUGUAUGGCAACCAAUUUUUAUAGCUAAUGUUAGCAUAUUGUGGUACGAAUCUAGAUGUGCUCUUUGUUUAUAUUCCUUGAGCAAAUACAUUUGUAGGGUAUCCUUACAGCUUGGACUAUCAUAGCAUGAUAAGGAUCAAGCUCAGCGGUUUCUUUCGUUUCUUGAGCAAAUAAUUAAAUAUAUGAUUAUAUCAUUCCUUUUCAC